CACGGACAGAUCACCAUUUUCAUCACUGCAUGUGUCCUCUUCAGCUGGGUGUCAGCCCCGGGAGUUGAGGCUGGAGAGGUAUAAUCUGACAGAGGAGAUCUGCAAUCUGGUCUCUGCUCUGACCUCACACACAUCUACACUCACUGGGGAACGCCUGAAGAAAGAGGAGGUGGAACGAUUAUGUUCUACUGUUAGUCAUCAAGACUGCAGACUGGAGACACUACAGCUGUAUAAAUGUCCCCUGUCAGAGAGGAGCAUUUCUCCUCUGGUCUCUGCCCUGACCUCACACUCCUCACAUCUCACAAUGCUGGAACUGGAGAACACUAACUAUGACCUGCAGGACUCAGCAUUGGAACUCUUGUGUUCUGCUCUUUGCCAUCCGAACUGCAGACUGGAGAUUCUACAGCUGCAUAGGUGUCCCCUGUCAGAGAAGAGCUGUGUUCAUCUGUCCUCUGCACUGACGUCAAAAUCAUCUCGUCUCACACUGCUGAAGCUGGUCAAAGACAGACCAUCAUCAUCCUCAUCAUCAUCAUCAUCAUCAUCAUCACUGACUGUGUCCUCCUCUGCUGGGUGUCAUCCAGACUGCAAGCCCCGGGAGUUGAGCCUGCAAGAGUAUAAUCUGACAGAGGAGAUCUGCAAUCUGGUCUCUGCUCUGACCUCACACACAUCUACACUGUAUGGGGAACACCUGAAGGAAGAGGAGGUGGAACGAUUCUGUUCUACUCUUAGUCAUCAAGACUGCAGACUGGAUAAACUAGAGCUGCAUAGGUGUCCCCUGUCAGAGAAGAGCUGUGUUCAUCUGUCCUCUGCACUGACACACACCUCACGUCUCAUGCAGCUGACACUGAAUGGCACAGACAGAUCAUCAUUGUCACUGACUGUGUCCUCCUCAGCUGGGUGUCAUCCAGACUGCAAGCCGCGGGAGUUGAGGCUGCAGAGGUAUGAUCUGACAAAGGAGAUCUGGAAUCUGGUCUCUGCUCACACCUCACACACAUCUACACUCUCUGGGAUAAACCUGAAGGAAGAGGAGGUGGAACGAUUAUGUUCUACUCUUAGUCAUCAAGACUGCAGACUGGAGAAACUAGAGCUGUAUGACUGUCCCCUGAGCGUUUCUCACCUGGUCUCGGCCCUGAUCUCAAACUCCUCACGUCUCACACAACUGAAGCUGGUCAAAGACAGAUCGUCAUCAUCCUCAUCAUAUUCAUAUUCAUCAUCACUGCAUGUGUCCUCCUCAGCUGGGUGUCAUCCAGACUGCAAGCCCUGGGAGUUGAGGCUGGAGAGGCUAGAGGGCUGUCCCCUUUCGGAGAGGAGCGUUUCUCACCUGGCCUCUGCCCUGACCUCACACUCCUCACAUCUCACAAUGCUGGAACUGAAGAACAGUAAAAACCUGCAGGACUCAACAGUGGAACUCUUAUGUUCUGCUCUUUGUCAUGCGAACUGCAAACUGCAGAAACUGUGGUUGUAUGGCGGUCCCCUGUCAGAGAAGAGUAUUUCUUAUCUGGCCUCUGCCCUGACAUCACACUCCUCACAUCUCACACAGUUGCAGCUGGAGAACAGUAACAAAGACCUGCAGGACUCUGCAGUGGAACUUUUAUGUUCUGCUCUUUGUCAUCCCAAUUGCAAACUGGAGACACUGUGGUGUCCCCUGCCAGAUAAGAGCGUUUCUCAUCUGGCCUCUGCCCUGACCUCACACUCCUCCUGCCUCACACAGUUGGAGCUGGAGCGUGUCUCUAUACCUGAUGAAUCUUCUGCUGACAAGCUGACUGCUCUGCAGAGUGACCCACACUACCAAAAUGCAACCCUCAGGUCUGAGACUGACAGCGUGAUGAUGGUGUUCUACAGGGUGAAGAUCAGAUGUGACCCCGAUCCUUUUGACCCAUAUAAGUGGCAGCUGUUUCUGAGCUGCAGAGUUCUGGAGGACUCAGGAGUGACGACACCGUCUGCUGACCACCAACAGCACAGUCAAGAGGAUGAUGAUGACCACAGUGGUGACACACAGGGCUGUGAAUGCUGUGCUGAAGUUUCAGACACCAGCCACUGGGUCCUGGUGGAGCCGGAGGUUUCCACAGAGAAGAGCGUCUCAACCUACAGCCUGAGCUCUGCUGCAGGGAGCUAUGAGUGCUCUCUGUCUGGUCUGCGCUGGUUAUCUCCUGGUCCAAUCAACUUGCAGUACCACUUCAUGGACUGGCAUGCCUUUGCUAAAGAGCUGGCCCACAUGCAGUGCAGUCCAGCUGGUCCUCUGAUGGACAUCAAGCUCACGUCAGGAGAGCUGGAGGAGAUCCACCUGCCCCAUUUCCUGUGUCUGGGGGCUGGUGAGGCAUCUGUGUGUGAUGCUGUGAGAGUCUUGCAUGGCCAAGACAACGGAGUGUGUAUGGAGGUGUGUGAGCUGACCCGACACCAUGCCAGGCUUCCCCAGCCCUCCCUCUCUCCUCUCGGUAUUCUCUAUUAUGUCACCUCUCUGCUGUUCCCUGUGACGGUGCACUCCAAGGUGCUGGUGUACCAGUGCAGUGAGAACCGUCAGGUCUACCGCUCUUACCUGCUACCUGAGGACGCCAAUCUGAAGGACAGGGUGGAGCGAGAUGAGGCGAAAUUGAAGGGGGAGUGGAUGGACAAUUCGCACCCCAGCAAACCCCUUCUGAUGAAUCAGUCCUACAGCCUGGCCACAGACUGUACCUCUAAGAUCAACCGAGAUCAUCUGGUGCUGAGGUACAGCAGCGACACCCCCAACUUCUUCAAGGUGAAGCUUCCUGAUCCAGGACCUUCCUCCUUCAACAUGCAGCUGUUCAUUUCAGCCAACAGGGAGUUGCCCGUGUGGGAAGAAGAGUUUGAGCACACAGCUGGUCCUCCACAGCAGCCCAGCAGGACCCCCGUGGACCCCCUGUUGGCCGCUGCCUCUCUGGAGGAGAAGAGGGCGCAGCUCAUCCAGAGGGUCACAGAGGUGAUGCCCAUAGCAGACCAGCUCCUCUCUCAGAAGGUCAUUGGCCAGGAGACCUACUCCAACAUCCAGGUUGCUGCCACCACUCAGGGCAAAAUGAGGCUCUUGUUUGAGGGCCUGCGCUCAGCUGGUGGUCAAGGCAAACUGGCCUUCUACACAGUCCUACAAACACAGCAACCCCAUCUAGUGGAGGAGCUGUGGACUGCAAGAUGAAGGCUCUUACAGAAAUCUUGAACCUGCUCUGAUGAGGGUAGAAACCAAAUGAUCUAGCUAAAUCCCAUUACUAACUUCUACCCCUACGCCUUACCCUUGCCCCUCGUCCAGUCAAAUAGGGCUUGAAACUCAACCCCUUCGAAUUGAGACACCCCUUCAACAAUCCCAGAAUGACACCCAUGGCUUUAAAAAAACAGCCUCUCUACAGUUAAACUAACGAUAUUGCUUGUAAUUACUUGCGCAACAAUUUAACACAUUGAGUACAUUGAGUUUUUCACGCCCAUACGUUGUAUACCAAAAUGUAAAAAUACG